CCUUUGCCUUCGUCGUGUGACCCUCUCCUCAGCCCCCGCCAGCUCCUCAAGAUGCUCUCCAUUACGCCCCAGCCCGCUCACUUUCCUCUUCAUGUCGAGAGCCACCAGCCGCAGGACGUGGAGCUCAACGAGCUCGGGGAUCUACAGGACGCUUUGGAACCUUUCGCAAAACUGAUCCGCCGCUCUGGUCGAUCUGUGCGAUUACACUGCACAAUCCCGACCAUCUGUUCAUCCUCUUACCCAACAUAUUACGACCUCCACGAUCUUCAUGACCUACGAUCCAGAUCACUACUAUUCGUGCACAAAUUGGUGGAAUUGCUGAAAGCGUCUGGAAUCCCAGCGUCAUAUCGGCUGCAACCUUCCAACUGUCCUCUCUGCCUUAUCUGUGUUCUACCCCUCGGCCUCGACGCUACGAACGUGAAAGCGGCUGCAGUAGCAGCCGUUCAGAACGCGCACUUCGAGUCAAAAGAGAAAGCGCUUCUCGCGGACUUGAAAGAUGGACUUGCUCUGGUCAUUACAUAACCUCAUAUCUUGUCUAUUCCCUGUCAUUGUUUGUGGCUCACUGGAUUUCACUCAUCUCCUUUACGUAUGUGUAUCACGUUCAGCGUUCUGUUUUCUUGCAUAUCUGGUCAUAACUUGCUAAUAUCAUGGUUCCGUGGAUCUUUCUUCUAUAAGGUCCGAUUUGAAUUGCUCUA